AUGGCAAAAGUUCCUCAGGGGUUUGAUUUCAGUUUCUUAAAUGACGAAGAAGCCAGGAAGAUCCUGCAAGUGCUGGAAAGAAAUGAGGAGCUACAGAGGGCAGAGAAAGAGAGGAUCAGCAAACUCCAGAAGACAAAGAGAGAUAUCAGAUGGCUUCAAGGAGUGACUGGUGAAUGGUUUGAAGAAAUUCAAAGAAAAAAGUUUUGCAAUGAAACUGAUGUUAGCCAAAUGAUAAAACAACCACUUACAUACAGGCUAAGGAAGGAGAUGGCAAAAAAUGAUCCUGUAGAAUUGCAAACAUCAAGAUCUAAAAAUCUACCUAAACAGAAAAACCUAACUUUCUUUCCCUCUCGGCUAAGCUUCAAGUCAUCGUUUGCUUCCCUGUUCUCAUUCAGAAAAUCUGGAGAGGAGUCUUUAAAGCUUCCAACUCUGGGACAGAAAAGAUGUGAUGGAUUUGCAGGACCUCCUGUGUCUGUAAGGGAAACUGCUGGGCAGGCAAAAAUAUACAGUUCACCACUGGAAAAUCAACCAGUUGACACUGCGUUUGUCCCCAAGCCAGCAGGCAUGAGGGAGGGAAGUGGCAUGCCUCCGUGGGAUGCUUCUCUGCUAGAGAAUGAGUUUUUCCGUGUUUUAGAUGAUUUGGAUAGCAAACUGGCUGAGGAACAAUCUUCAAGCUCAGUGAAUAUCAGAACACCCUUCAACAAUGAAUCAAGAACACAGUUCAGUCAUUUUCACUCCAGUGGGAACAGACCUGGUAAUAUUUCAGGAAGACACAAAAAUCGCUAUAAUGAAACUUCCAAUAUGUCUAUCUAUGACAUCCUAAGACCAGGAGCACCUCGGGAAACUUUUAAGACCUUUUCUCCUAGAACAAGAACAAUUUAUGAUAUGUAUAGGACAAGGGAGCCUAGAGUCCUAAAAGAAGAUUAUGUUCAAAAGAAUACUUUGGGUAGUUCUUCUCUGUGUUUUGACAGCAGGCAACACUUGGCCUCACCAGCCCCAGGGCAUUUCACAGCAAGAAGCUUACACUUUCCAGCCACAAUUCAGAAUAAAAAUGGGUUUAGACCACACAGCUAUGAGCAGAGCCCAAAGAGAACUCCCUUAUCAUCCAUCAUAUGGAAUAGAUCAGAUUCUUUGAGAGAUGGGCAGAACCAGGAAGAGUUCCUGAGGACACCAUCACCUAUGGAAAUUGACCCUGUUGAUCAAUAUAGGUACCCCAGGUGUUUUCAGGAGAAUAGGAGAUAUGGAUUUUAUCGUUCACAGAGUGCUUACCAAAGUGUUAGUCUAAAUGCCCCCAUGGACAAUGCAAUGAGGCCUGAGCCAUUUGAGAACUCAGAGAAUAUGCCAUUCUACCAUCAAGACAACCCAUUCACUAGGUCUUUCUUUAGCAAUACUUUUGGACAAAGAAGAGAACAGAGAUUUGGACAAAGUCCUUUUGGGGGCCAACAAGAAGAUCAUUUUUCCAGGUCUGACUUUUAUCAAAACAGGAAAUCAUUCACUUCUUCUAACAAAGACUUUGAAAUGAUUUUCAUAGACGCAAAUAAUGCAUCAGCUGCUCAUGGCUAUAGUGUCCCUUCUGAACACUGGGGGUCAUUUUCUCCUGGAUAUGGACCAAAUAUUUCUAGAGACCAAGAAGAACCAUAUCCCUGGCAGUUUGAUUUUCAGUCAUCCACACUGGAGAGCAUGGAAGAGUCACAAGGCAAUGGGAACCAGUUGACUCCUCAUUUCAGGACACCGUUUGUUUGCCCCAUGACUGAUUCAAAUUAUCAUAUCAAAUCUGAUGGGUUGGAAUGUCAACAGGACAGUUCUCCUAGAGAAGUACAUUUGAACAAAGAAGAUUACUCAUUUGAAAUUGCUCAGCCUUUAGCAUCCUCAUUCAAAACUUCCUUUCCCCAGAUUCAUAAUGACAAAGAGAAUCCUCACAUUUCCAGUUCUCAGGAUCCCACAGUCUCUUUGCAGGAAAUUAUUCCCAAUAAACCUGCCUGCUUUCCAAUAAGAAGCCAUACAGAAGUCAUUGUAACCAACAGUGAUUUGAUUGAUACUCUACCUCUUGCUGAAAAUAAACCCAGUAUCUUGGUCACAGAAGAGAAUAAGGAGAAAGAUUUGAAUGACUCUAUUUCAGCAAAGUACAAACAUCUAAACAAGAUGGACCAGACAAACUUGACAGGUGAAACACCACAGCCUGUUUUACAUCCAGUGAUCUCUACUCCCUUACCUGAUUUUCAAAAUCCCCUUUCCCAGGACUCAGCUGAGAACAAUCUGGCUGUUUUUAAUGCAUCUACCACAGUAAGUUCAAAAAAGUCAUCCAGAAUCCUUCCCAGGAAAGAUAGCUACAAAAUCUACAUAUCACACAGAGAUAAAGCUGAUGAACUUAAAAAAGAAAAGAGUUUUUCUGGGACUAGAAAAUUUGUUUCAGCAACAUCUACUCCUUUUCUUCAGGAAUGCAGAAUAGCACCAUUCCCUAACCCGAAUCAAGGUUGUCACCAGGAAUUAACAGUAAAUAACGAAGAUAUUUCAAGUAUUAUUAAAAAUAACCAUUGGAAUGCUGAAUCUACUGAUAAUCAAAACCUACAGUCUCUGGAAAAACCUGUUAUUUUAGAUACUGAUGGAGAACAAUGUACAAUGACCCAUUCUAUCAACUGUAGCAAAUCUACUGCCAGCCACAAUGUCUCAUGUAAUCUGUUAGAUCCAUCAUUAGGUGUACUACAAGAGUCCUCACUGUUGAAUAAUUCUUUCCAUGAUGCUCUGGCUAUUCCUUCUACUACAGAGUUUUCAAGAAGUCCUUCAGGAAAUGAUCCAUCUCUGGGAGAAAGAGAAGAAAAAAAUAAUGAUAGCAAGAACCAAGAUAAUCAGUUUGCCAUAAGCCCCAUAGAAAGCCAAAAGAAUAAUGAUAAUUGUGUGCCUAUACAUAAUAAAUGCCACUCACACCAUCCUUUCAGGGAUGGAAAGGGAAAAGGAAAAAUAAGACGUCGCAUAUCCUGUAUUGAAAACUUAAGCAAACCAGAAAGUAGGUCAACACCCACAAAUUAUAGCAAUAAUCUCAAUGAAGUGAAUCAAGGCAAUUCUGAGGCUCCUGAGCCUUACACAAUUUACUGUACCUUACCAAGAAAAUCGCCUAGUUUUCUCUUCAAUAGAUGGAACUCAGAAAGUAAUACAACAGCUUCAUUUAGGAAUGGGCCACUUCCAUUCCAAAUCAAAAAUAACAUGGAAGAUCCAAUCAGGAAGUACACAUCAAACAAAUUCAGUCCCAGUUCCCCUGAGUCAGAAAGUGAAUGUUCCAAAGUAGUUUCAGACUCAGCUCCAGUAGCACCUGCAGCCACAGAGAGAAUGACAAAUACACAAUUCAUUGGAUCGGCUUCUGUUCGAGAAGGACCACUUCCUUUCCUCAUCAAGAGGACUGUGUCAUGUCCUCCAGGGGAGCCAUAUUCCUCAAUUGAAAAUGAUGAAAGAGGAAAAUGUUCAGAUACAUAUGCUUCUGCGGUAUCACCAAGGCCUUGGGAGAGAAUCAUUAACCCUCUGGAAAGUGACUUAUCUGUUAGGGAUUGUUCUUUAAGUAAAAGCCACCACCCAAAAGAAUAUUCUCAAGAAUGCACUGAGGAGGAUGGUAAAAUUGCAGCCCCCAGAACAGAUAUGUUCUCCUGUUCAAAUGAAGACCCUUUACCUUUUUCUUCAGAAGCGUUAGGAAAGGAAGGUGGGAAAACAGUACAUAAAUAUAAAACUACUAGCAUGUUUUCCGUUUCUGGUGAUGAUGAUAAUAUAAAAUGCCUUGAGGUGGUUUCAAUAUAUUAUACUCUGCCAAGGAAACAAAGCAGAAAAUUCUGUAACCUCCUUCAAAAGUAUACACAAAAUACUGAUUCACUUACAGAAUCACUCGGAGUGGGCAUUGAAACAUUUCCUAAUGUUUCACAAAAUGACAAACCAAAUUAUUCUUCACAAGAGCCGUCAGGAGCACCUUCAUCUAAAGAUCGAAAGAUGCUGACUAAUUCUGUUCAGGACAACAGCCCUUGUCUUUCUCACACCACUGAAAAUGUGACUGUUUUACAAUUCCCAAAUAGUGGCUCCUCGGAAUCUAUAGAACAAGAAAUGGCUUCCGUUGAGAUAGACGAUUCUCUUCCUAAAGGAGAAUCUAAAACGAGGGAGGUUUUUCCAGAUCACUUUACUAAAUCACCUCUAGGUAAUUCACGAAGUAGGAAAAAGAAAGGGAAAAAAUUCCAAAGAGAACGCCUGCAUAUUUCAUUAAUGUUUCGGGAAAAGAAAUUGACAGAAGAGAAAUUGGAAAAUUGUCAACAAUCCAUUAAAUCAGGAAAUGUUGAUCCCUCUAAUCUCCCGGCCCAUUCAGAAGAUAAUGUUGAAAAAAUUGUAAGAAGUUCUGAGGAGAGUGUGGGUAGUGGUAUAGUUACCACAUCUAUUGGAAGUGGAAAAUGUCCUCAGAAAGAGAUCAUCACAGCCACAGCUAUAGAUGAUAGCUCCAGGGGGUUGCAGGUUAAGGAAGUUGGAGCAGAAAUUGGAACAGAUUGCCAACAAAUGACCGAUAAAACCCUUCCUGACUCAGAAAACCAAGCUGUUACUCUAGGUUUGCAUAAACUACGAUUUGAUAAGGAGUCUUAUUCAGGUAAACCAGAUGUAGAGAAUUUGCAGUCUAAACCUAAAGAAAUAACUCAAAGAAGGCAGGAGGCAAACAUGACAGACAGCAGGAAUGUUAAAGAUGAAAUACAGAAAUUAAUACGGGAUCAACGGUCACUUCCUGGAGGGAAUAAUGAAAAUAAAACCACUUUCGAUGACCUGGAAAAAGGGAAAAACAGAUCUUCAGUUAAACACAAAUUGACUGCCAUGUCCAAAGCAAGCAGAAAAUUCCCAGCUAAAGAUUUAAGCCCCAGAAGACAUGUAGCUACUAUUUUCACCAACAGUGGAAGCAGGUCUAGUACUGGAAGUUUAGCUCCCAGCACACCAGAGAGCGAUCCACUGGCCCCUGAGCCCACUCCAAUGUGUGCAGAGUCCACAGAUGAAAACAGAAGUUUGAGUAAUGAUGGAUUGGGUGUGGAGAAAUUUGAGACCCUUUCACAGGUUACUAUAAUAUCCAACAGAGGACCUUCUACACAUGUAAGUGAUCAGAAGUCUAACAUCACUAUUUCACAACCACGUUGCAAUGAAUUUAAGAACAUCUCAGAGUCACCACCAAAGAAUGGAAACUCUACAGAUGUAACAGUAGCUCAGACUUUGGAAAGAAAGUCAGGAGCUCUGGUCCAGCCCACAUUCCUCAGGGAAGCAAGGUUCUCUGACCAUCAGAAGAAGUUGAACCCUCCUCAUCCACUAGAGCCUGCAUGCAAGUCUCCUACAUCAAGCAUUCCACUGGCCAAUUGUCAGCAGCAACAAAGGAGCGUUUCAGCUCCAGGGUGGGAACCUGAGCCACCGCUCUAUCGUUCAAAGAGUUUGAAAAGUAUCAAUGUACAUGGUGAUAAACUACGCAAAAGUCAUGCUCCAAAAGUUAGGGAGCGCCAUUUUUCUGAAAACACUUCUAUUGACGAGGCCCUGAGUCAGCUGACCCUUGGGAAUGAAUUCUCUAUCAAUAAUGUGGACAGUCGAAGAUUCAAAUCUUUUUCUGAAUUUCCCCCCUGUGAUGAAAAUGAGAGUUGGGCUUUGUAUAGUGACAGGACAAAAACAAGUCCCAAGUCAGCAACAUCUAUAUCCAGACCUAUUGACUAUGGAAUUUUUGGCAAAGAACAACAAUUGGCUUUCUUGGAAAAUGUAAAGAGGUCACUCACACAAGGAAGAUUAUGGAAACCAAGUUUUCUUAAGAACCCUGGCUUCCUGAAAGAUGAUAAAGUUAACCAUCCCAACCCAUCAGAGUCGUUAAGCUCAAAUUCUCCUAGCAGUCAGAUGCCAGAAGAUGGCUUAGCUCCUAUUGAACCACUUAAUAUCUACGAGGAGGACCCAGUGGACUCAGAUUGUGACACAGACACAACCACAGAUGAUGAAUAUUACCUGGAUGAAAAAGACAAGGAGUCAGAACUGUGA